CAAAUAUUUCAAAUGCACAGGUUCCGAUCAGCCGCUGCGAGUUCCCAAGAAUACAGCAAAUGCACAAGAUUUCUUCUUCCCAGGAAUUCGCCAGGAGGGUGAUGAAAGGCUGUAAACAUUCCCGUUGCUCAGUGCCCUGCACGAGACAAAUCCCAAGCCCCACCUCCACUACCGCCUCCGUCCCCCUCGCCGCCGACGGCGCCAGCCCACUCCAUUAUUCUCCUACUCGCUUCGGAGUUCGGAGGCCUCUCCCUCCCGGCGCCGCCUCCUGUUCCCUCGAGGCCUCGACAGCUUGGCGCUUGCGUCUUCUGGGCGCUGCGGGGUAACCUCUCGCGCCCGCCGCACGCCAGGUGUUCGACCUCAGCCCAGCGAGCAAAUACCCUCUCCCGCCGGCAGGGACACGAUGCUCGCGCUCUCGUCUCCGCCAAGAUGGUCCUGUACGCAAUGCCUCUCGAUUGGUAUCCGCAAUGGCAGUAUGGCACAUCCCAGCACGGAGGCCGAGCAGAGCACGACCACGCAGCUGAAGGAGGCACUGGCCCGUCCGCCUCUCAUCGGGACCGUCCGGGUGGAAGGCCACAUGCUCAAUGAGGUUGGCAAGGCCUCUUUGAGCCUCACAACGCACGAUCCUGCCAACCAAGGAGUUAAUCAGUCAAACCAUCGAGUUUGCACCUCACAGCACAGCGACAAGCUGGCAGUGUUCUUUUCUUGGGAUUGCUGAUUAACACGAGGAGAGGGGCUACUGUUAUCCACCGAACAGGGCAGAACUCGACAAUCUGCAAGGAUUUCCACUCUUUCAUGAAUUGCCCAAGGUAGUACCCGAGGUUCUUAUAUUGAUGUCUACUUCACAUAUUCUCCAUGACCAAAUGGACAGCUGUGGAAGUAUUCAAUAUGGAUCUUACUGCUGCAAAAGUUAUUCUGCAAUUUGUUGGACAAGAGUAGCUGGCUGGAACAUAUAAGCCUUCCUUUUUUUGAAGUCGAGGGAGAUUUGGGGCUUUGUUCUUAGCGCUUGUUCUAGCAUUGCAGAUCAUGAGAGGCCAAAGAGGAAAACAAUCAGAGUCAUUUUGGCCUUCAAUUGUGAUGAAAAAAUGGCUAAACAUCAGGCCAAAAUUAAAUGAUUUCAGUGAAGACGAGUUUGAUACAGGGAGCGAAGAUAAUGAUGGUAGUGACUUUGGAGAUGAUAGCUUCUUCGAGAUACAUGGCAACAAAUACUUGAUUAGCAAAUCAUCUGGAGAAAAGGCAAUUCCUCCUGUACGAAGGCUUCAGAGAAGAAAAUCAGAGAGUUUACGUGUUAACUACAUCAGUAACAAAGAUGUGAGGGUGAUGACAGGAACAUGGAAUGUUGCUGGAAUAGCGCCUAGUGAUGACCUUGAUCUUGAUCAGUGGCUUUGUACCCAGGAGCCAGCAGAUUUGUAUGUUUUAGGUUUCCAGGAAGUGGUCCCAUUAAGUGCUGGUAAUGUCUUGGGAGCAGAGGACAGUAGACCAGUACGGAAAUGGGAGGCUCUUAUCCGCCAAACACUUAACAGGUCUCAGCAACCCAAGACAAUCUGCAAAAGCUACAGUGCUCCCCUGUCACCAUUACUAAGACCUGUUGCUUCAGGCGAUGGACAUGAAUAUAUGAAAUCCAAACUUGAAGAUGAAGCGUUAGGAAGUUUAACUCAGUUUAGAGAUUGGCAAACUAGUACAACUGAGCUUCGCUGCAACUGGUUGUAUGGCACCAGCUCAUUGGACUGGCCAGAAUAUCCGCUUGACACUCCAUCAAAGGUUUUGGUACCAGGUACAGGGUUGAGGCGAGUGACGAGCUUAGGACUAUUUAGCACCAACUUUAUGGAACACCCUCAAGGUCUUGAGCUACAGAGUGUAGAUUUGCAAGUUGGGAUCAGAAGGCAGUAUCAUAGCUCGGGAAACCUUAGCAUGCUAUGGUCUGAACAGCAGGAGAAGCUUGAUUUAUUAAAUUCGCUUGAUUGCAUAUCUGAUUUGACAUCAGAAGAAGACUCACCUUCUGUUGGUACUGACGAGGGAUGUGCUACUCUUGGGAAAAGAGAAUCUUCAAAGCAUCGUACAAACUAUGUGCGCAUUGUUAGUAAACAAAUGGUUGGUAUAUAUGUUUCUGUAUGGGUUUCUCGAAAACUGAGGCGACAUGUUAACAACUUGGAGGUAUCACCAGUUGGGGUUGGACUCCUGGGCUACAUGGGCAACAAGGGAUCGAUUUCCAUCAGCAUGUCUCUUUUCCAGACUCGAUUGUGCUUUGUCUGCUCCCAUCUCGCAUCUGGUCAUAAAUCAGGGGAUCAACAGAAAAGGAAUGCUGAUGUAUAUGAAAUUUUACAAAGAACAAGGUUUUCUUCCUUGUGUGCUGCUGGUCGGCCACAAAAGAUUCCUUCACAUGAAAUUUCAUUUUGGAGCAGUCGAAUUUUCUGGUUUGGCGAUCUUAACUAUCGCAUUGACCUGCUGGAUGCUGAAGUACGACAUCUGGUGGCUAUGAAGAGGUGGGAUGAUCUCUUGAAGUCUGAUCAGCUAACAAAGGAGCUAAUAAGUGGGAGUACUUUUGUUGGUUGGAAGGAAGGUUUGAUUAACUUUCCACCAACUUACAAGUAUGAAAGAAAUUCAAGCAGAUAUGUUGGUGAGAUUCAUAAUGAAGUGGAGAAAAGAAGAACUCCAGCAUGGUGCGAUCGCAUACUGUGGCUGGGGAAGGGUACCAAGCAGCUCUCGUAUUGGAGCUCGGAUUUGAGCUUUUCAGAUCAUCGGCCAGUCAGCGCCAUCUUCUUGGUUGAAGUCGAGGUGUUCAAUCAGCAAAAACUUGAAAGGGUCUUGAACUUCAAUCCUGGAUCGUUUCAAAGGGGUAACAUAACAUGAUGGCGGAUUCCUGGACUUUUUUUCAGUCAGUGGCACUGAGCUGAGCAUUGAACUCUUCAGCAGUUCUUCUGUUGGAUUUAGUCUUGGAUUUAGUUUUCUAGGAACACCUAGAUGUUGGGGGUAAGGAUUUUGGUAUAUGUUGGGAGCAUGAGUCGUAUGUAACUGAAGUACUGCCCACUAGAUUGCACAUGGGAAUAUUUCAGACUGAAAUGAAUUUAGAGUGAAAUGCAUUGUAGGUCUCUAAACUAUUCCUACAUUCUCAUUUGGGUCCAUGAACUCUCGAAGUGACAUCUGGAUCCAUGUUUAUUCCAAGUGUGAAUCUAGGUUCAUGAUUGGAACUCGAGUGAAUUUAGAAUGAACUAGUUGAAAAGUUAAAGGACCUACAUGAUCAUUUUAGAAUGCGGAAUUGUUUAGGGACCUGCAAUGCAUUUCACUCAUGAAUUUAAGUGAAGAGAAAAUCAUUUUGCCA